UAGAUGGCGAGGUGCGGAUGUUACUAAUCGGUAAGACUGGCGUUGGCAAAAGUACCACUGGUAACACCAUAUUUGGAUUUAAUGCUUUGAAGUCUAAAGUCUCUGCAACAUCAGUCACAACCAAAACAGAAUUCAACGAAUCUGGGAGAUUCGGUAAAAUACUGGUCGUCGUUGAUACCCCAGGGCUAUUUGAUACAAAUCGAAUAGCAAUGGAAGUUAUCAGAGAAAUAUCGCAAUGCUACUUUCUUACAUCUCCUGGUAUUCAUGCUAUAAUAUUAGUUGUUCAAGUUGGAAGAUUUACUGAGGAAGAGCAAAAGACCGUUGAUUUAUUCAUGAAAGUUUUUGGAGAAGAAGCGAAAAAAUUCAUGAUUGUAGUAUUUACUGGGAAAGAUAGAUUAGAAAAUGACGAUAUGACUAUUGAGGACUUUGUCAGCACAAUGGAUAACAGUUCAAGCAUUAAAAUUCUACUUGAUGAAAUACAAGGAAGAUAUACUGCCAUUGGAUACAGAGGGCAGCAGGAAGAACGGGUGAAAGAAGUAAGACAUAUACUGUUAAUGAUCGAGAAAAUGGGAAAGGACAACGGUAGGUCAUUCUAUAGCAAUGAUGUAUUUCAACGAGUGGAAAAUAUGAUAAGAGAAGAUGAAAAAAAAAUUUAAAACUCAAGAAACAAAGAAAAAGUGUACACAGAAGAGGAAGUCCGACGUCUGAUGAGUGAGGAAAGGUCCAGAACUCGAGCAAA